UCGAAAGAAACGAGAGGAAUAUCGUUGGAAACGCGAGAAGGAAUCGCGAUAUUAUUUUGAAAAAAGAUUUUUGCCACGAGUGUACGAACCGGAUAAAAUCUUCGAUCAAACGAUAUAAAGCGAUUAUGUUUUGUUACGCAAAACGAACGGCGAACCACGAUUGACUUUACGAUUGACUCCAAAGUCGAUAUUGCCACGUUAAAAUCGGAACUCGAUUCGACUACGAUCCCAUUUCGCGGAGUCGACUUGUUUUCCAAUCGUCGACGUUGCGAAAUUGUUUGAAAGGGAAAUUACAUCCUUGGUUUAACACGAUGACCACCGCAUCGAUUAACGACAACGUGGCCGAGAUCCGAAAAUUAAACCAAUACGUGGGAGCGUUCGUAGCAUCCCUCGGCGGUUUCGCGCUCGGCAUCUCGCUAGGUUGGAAUUCCAAGGCCAGCAUAGUGCUGAGGAAUUACGUCGAUGCCUCCGCGACUGAAAUCGGGCUGAUCGGGGGCAUUUUAAACGGUGGCAUUUGCAUAGGGGCGAUCCUGAUACCGUUCAUUGUAGGACGAAUAUCCAGAACGAACAUCUUGUUCUGGACGAUGCCUGUCCUCAUCCUCACGUGGACCUUGAUGAUCAGCAAUCGUCGCCAGAAGGUAGUGUUAUUCCUGAUUGGAAGAUUGAUCUGCGGCAUCUGCGGCGGUGUAUCCUGCGUUUUGACGCCAAUUUACGUGGCUGAAAUAGCGAGCAAAGAAAUCCGUGGACGUUUGCUCGCCUUUUUCCAACUCCUAGUCAACUGUGGCGUGAUGUACGCUUUCUACGUGGCUCAUGCAAUCGACGAGCAAAGAUCUGUAUGGAGGUACAGCGCAAUUUGUGGCCUCGCGUGUCUCUCGAUCGCCCCGACAAAAUUAUUACCCGAGAGCCCGCUCUACUAUUUGUCGAGGAACGACGAGAUCGGUGCAGAAAAAUCCUUGAGAUGGUAUCGCGGCAAAACUUACGACGCCCAGCACGAAAUCAACGAAACGAAGCGUCUCGUUCUCUCUCAUUCGAAAAAGUUUAGCCUACGAUUGUUGAAAAAUCGUCGAAUACUGCGGUCAAUCGUGACGUGUUUCGGAAUAAUCUUGGGCCAACAUUUGUGCGGCGUCAACAUGAUGAUUUUCUACGCCCUGAUGCUCUUCGAAACCACUGGUUCCGGUGAACUGACCGGAAGCGAACAGACGCUGGUCGUCGGCGCCGUUCAAAUAUUAGUAUGUCUCUUGGCCGCGUUCCUGGUCGACGUACUUGGACGUCGAAUUCUCCUCACCGUCUCCUCCCUUUUCAUGGGAUUGUUCCUCAUAUUGCUAGGUUGGUUCUUCAGUUUACGCGACAGCGAUCCCGAAUACGACGACAUCUACUUCUGGAUGUCACCCACUUGGAUCACUCUGAUCUUCGCGGCGUUCAACCUGGGUCUUGGGCCAAUUUCCUGGUCUUUGUUAGGGGACACGCUCCCGGAAGAGCUGAAGACCUCGGUCGUCUCGAUGGCGGUCGCAUUCGGAUGGCUGAUCUCGAUGAUGGGCACCCUCACUUUCGACGAGAUGAUCAUAUCUCUGGGCAGCACCAAAGUUAUGUGGCUGUCCGCGGCCAUAUGCUGGCUGAUCGCCCUGUUCUGCGCCAUCGUGGUCAAAGACAACACCGGGAAAAGUUUGAUCGAGAUACAGGAUGAAUUUCGCAUCGAGUCGAACGCAGGAUUAGAGGAGACCUGAUGCUCCUUGUUGAUCUAGGGAUAUCUGAAUUUU